AUGGAGGUGAGCGCGGCCCGCGCGGCCACGGGCGAUCCGGCCGACCUGAACAGCCAGGACGCGCAGACGGUGUGCGAGGCGCUGGGGCGCUACGAGGAGACGCUCCGCGGCGCCGUGCACGAGAUCCACGUGGACAUCCAGGCCUUCAAGAGCGGCGUGGACCGGCAGGUGGCCGAGGUGCUGCGUCUGGCCAGCCCGCUGGCGCACACCGUGGCCGAGCUGCAGCAGGACAACCAGCGCUUGCGGGCGCAGGUGGCGCGCCUGGGCCAGCAGGUGGAGAGCCUGGGCCGGGCGGCGGGGCUGCCCGAGCCCGACGCGCCCCCGGCCGCCGCCGACGGCAGCAGCAGCGGCGGCAGCAGCAGCGGCGCCCGCUUCGCCAGCCACGCGCGGCUCUCCCUGGCGGGCAGGAGCCAGAGCGUGGACUUUGAGGAUCAGAGUGGCCCUGAAAGCAGAAGAGCCCCUGAUUCAGCUGUGAUGGAGAACGGGCACCAGCUCCCAUCAGGAGGCCUGGCCAGGCUCACUCAGGAAACGGCCUCCCCCUCCUCCGCUUCUCUUCAGCUGUCGAAUCCCCCCCUCGAGGAACACGCUCCGGCGGUGUCCGUGCGGAUGCCACACCUUCCGGUCACUGCCGUCACCAGGCUAUCGGAGACCUUUUCAGGGGAGACGGUGGGCUCCCCAAUGGCGCCGAGUUCCCCCGGGGGGGCACAGAGCAAAAGCCGCAGCGAGGAGGCACCGUCAAAAACGCCAAGCCAAGCAGGUGCCGCCAUGUCCCCUCCGAGCGCUGUGAAGAACUGGAGUGCAAGUUCCACCAGGACGGCAAGCGCCUCCGUCACCUCAGAGAAAUUCUCUUCAGUGACCAAGUCCGUGUCGGCCGUGAGCUACGGGGCCCACGCUAGCGAAAGCACCAGCCAGCGGGACGUGGCUCCCAUGUCCCCGCCUGCAACGGCCCACCGGCAAGUGGAGAAGCGGAGGGAGCUGGUGCGAUCACAGACGCUGCCACGCACCUCGGGCACGCAGGCCAGGAAAGCCCUCUUUGAGAAGUUUGAGCAGGACACCGGCAAAGGCAGCGGCCAGGGCCGGGCCAAGCUGAAGAGGUCGCAGAGCUUUGGCGUCGCCAGUGCCAGCAGCAUCAAGCAAAUCCUGCUGGAAUGGUGCCGCUCCAAAACCAUUGGCUACAAGCACAUCGACCUGCAGAACUUCUCCUCCAGCUGGAGUGACGGCAUGGGCUUCUGCGCCCUGGUCCACUCCUUCUUCCCGGAAGCCUUCGACUACCACACGCUGGACCCUGCCAAGCGCAAGGAGAACUUUGAGCUGGCCUUCACUAUGGCCGAGAAAAUGGCCAGCUGUGACCGCCUGAUUGAGGUGGAAGACAUGCUGCUGAUGGGGCGGAAGCCGGACCCCAUGUGCGUCUUCACCUAUGUGCAGUCGCUCUACACCCACCUACGGCGCUUCGAAUGAGGCUGCGGCCAA